UUGAGGUGAAAAGGGCGAAAGUCAGCGCAGUGGUUUCCUCGUUUGACAGCAGGGGCUUGUUUUACAGCACAAAACAACAAGGAUGAAGAUUCCUAUGGACGAUGCGACAACAGAGAUAACCGAGGAGACGUUUAGCUAAAAGGCCAUCAGCUUUAUCUCUAUCUCCCGGUGUGCGCGACGAAAUUAACGCCAGGCAAUUUGAAUAUCGACUCAACUGCAGAUGAAUGUCUGUGCCUGAAGUGCCCCUGCAUUUGUUGUUGUUAGCUGCUAAUGCUAACCAUAUAAGUUGCGAGCUAGCUGGCCUAGCAAGCUAAUAGUUAAAGCGAGGAAAAGAUAAUUUGCCGCAUAUGUUUGAUUUACUUAAUGCUGUCCGACGAGUAAACUCGGCGUUGUGUAGCUGAUGGAGCCAGCUAACCUUGGCUUCAUUUGUUCAAGAACUGCAGCUUUGGUUAAGCUUUUAAAGUACCAAUCGUAGUAGUUAGUUACCUAGCUAGUUAGCUUGCCAGUUAGCCACCACUACCUUCGGAAGAAUGAGUAGAAAACACCGUCACUUUAAAGGAGCCGAAGUCAGCUGCUGCGUAAAAUACUUUUUAUUUGGAUUCAACAUUUUAUUCUGGUUACUAGGAGCUGCAUUCUUGGGCAUAGGCCUGUGGGCAUGGGCGGAGAAGGGCGUGCUGGCCAAUCUGUCAACCAUUACAGACCUAGGGGGCUUCGACCCCGUGUGGCUCUUCAUCGUCGUAGGAGGGGUCAUGUUCAUCCUGGGCUUCGCUGGCUGUAUCGGAGCACUCAGAGAGAACACUUCCCUGCUCAAAUUUUUUUCUGUGUUCCUGGGUUUGAUCUUCUUCUUGGAGCUCACUGCGGGGAUCCUUGCCUUCGUCUUUAAGGACUGGAUCAAAGACCAGCUCAACUUUUUUAUCAACAAUAAUGUCAAGGCCUACCGCGAUGACAUAGACUUGCAGAAUCUCAUUGAUUUUGCCCAGGAAUAUUGGUCAUGCUGUGGAGCUCACGGGCCCGACGACUGGAACCUGAACAUCUACUUCAACUGCACUGACCUGAACCCCAGUAGGGAACGCUGUGGAGUCCCCUUCUCCUGCUGUGUCAAAGACCCUGCAGAGGAUGUCAUCAACACGCAGUGUGGUUAUGAUGUUCGGCUUCAAGGGGACCUGGACCGGCAGAAAUAUAUCUAUACUAAGGGCUGUGUGGGACAGUUUGAGAAAUGGCUUCAGGACAACCUGAUCAUUGUAGCUGGAAUCUUUGUUGGUAUUGCACUUUUGCAGAUUUUUGGUAUCUGCCUUGCUCAAAACCUGGUGAGUGAUGUCAAAGCUGUCAAAGCCAACUGGUGAUAGGAGAGGUGAAGUGAGGGAGACCCACCCCUUAGGCCCAGCCAGGGCAACACAGCACACAAAGAGUCCCGCCCGGCUGAGGACGGAGAGCCGACAACCUUCAACUCUUGUCUUCUUUGCCGUUGAGCUAAGCAGCACAUUCACACUCUCGCACUUGCAUACGUGCAGACACAAAGAGUUUACUUUCCUGUUUAUCAGUGACACUUGAAUGAGGAAAAGAAUAUCCCACACAAACCAAACAGUCAACACUUUGUCUACCACUCAGCUGGGAUUUUAACCCAAAUAUACAGAGGACGGUCCUGCCUACUUCAUAGUUAGAUUCGUUCAUUUUUUUUUUCUUUUUCUGAUUUUGUUCUUUGGACAAGUGUAUGUGGGCGCAGUUGCACAAGAACUCCUGUCAACUGGGAGAUUGGAAGCCAUGGAUGAAACAAACAAAAAAACAAACAAAAAAGACAGUAAGUCUUUUCAGUAAGCGUUACAUUGUCACAGAGCCUCUGUCCACUCAGUGAGGGGUUGAACAUCUCCGCCUACAACAUGCUUGUCCCCACUUCCUGCUGUAGGGAAUCGUGGGUGGCUGGCCAGUCGGCUAACAAAUACAUUGAUUCCUCUGUGUGUCGUUUUUCUCUCCAUGGUGACCUUUUUAUGACCACUGAACACUGGCUGGUCAAAUCUGCAACUUCAAACCAUUUCAGGGGAUUUCAAUUCUAACUCAAAACGUAAGAAGUGCCAUUAAUUUCCUGUGAUAUUUUUGUCUCCUUCCUGAUCUUUACAUGGAAUUUCUGCACCCCGCCCCACAAUACCUCAGGGCCUGGCCGAAAAGAUAUGCUUUCUGCCACCGGUUAAAAGCAUAUCUAUUUUUUCCAUCCAUGUCUGUUGAAUUUAGAUGGACUAACUUAAUGCAGAAAACACUGACAGUUCCUCAAAAGUCACCCUGUUUGCCCUGCAGUGAUUGUAUUAUCCGUUGAUUUACUGAAGGAUGUUGUAUUGUAUUAUAUGGGAUGGCCUGGUGUGGUUAGGAUCGUAGGAUGCUAUACAGGGAAAUGGGUUUAAUGAUAGUUGAGAUUAUUGUUUAUCUCUGAGCAUCCCUAAGGCACAUGGGAUUGCUGGUUUUGGGCCUUUUUUACUUGACUUAUGUUACCACAUUUGUCUUAUAUUUUUGUCCUCUGCAUAUUGAAAUAAGAAUAUUUGUCUGUUUAUAGAUGUCCUUUAUUCAUCCUUUAUUUCCUAUCCUUUCAUAGGCACACCUUUUUCUUCUUGGUUCAUUGUUUGACUUUACCAGGCACCAGUUUUACCUCUGACAGUCAACUGCAAAAUAGCUUCUUAUUGUUGACCAAAUAAUAUCAGCUGGCCACAAGCGAACUGCCAAGGUUUUGUCUGGCUACAAUUGUGAUUUUAUUAGGAAUGCCGGGAAGAAAGAAAUAGCAUUUCUAGAUAGCCAAAAUGUGAAUUUAUUGUCCUUUUGUAUGUGGGAAAUGCCAGUUGAAAUGAGAAGUCAAACACAAAUUAAAAAUGCUAUAAUAUCGCUUUUAUCUUUAAUUUAAUGUUGUCUUUUGUUUGGACUGGUUUUUAAAUAGAAUAGUAAAAACAUGCUGUUACCUUUUCGAUAUUAGCAAAACCUAUAUAACAUGAAUGCUGCUUUAACGUUGACUAGAUUAUUGAUAACAAGCUAACAGCAAGUCUAACACGAUGGCAUUUAAACAAUUUGCUAUGUUGUUAUUGUUUUCAGGCUGAGAAAAUAUUCAGAUUAUUUGUUCUUUCUCAAGUUUACAAUUUGUACUCAUGUCGCCCUUUGUUGUUAAUUAUCAAAAGAAAUACUUUUGGAUUCCAUUAUACAGUAAGUCGCCCUCACAGCUUGUCCUCUUCGUUCAUGAUCUUCACGACACAAUGUCGUUUCUGAUCAUAUGACUGGGUUCACUUGAUACUUUUGUACAUUUCUGUCUGCAUUUGACCACUACAGUUGUUUCUGGUUGUAGCAGUAUCAUUCAGAUACACAGCAUAGGCAUGAUUUGGGUGGGGUUUACCAGGCCAUAUACAGACACACUCAGCCUAACAAAAAAAAAAAAAAUGUCUUGAAUUGCAAUGCACAUAAGUUGAAAGAUGAGUAGCAUUAAUAUUCUGUGAGCAGUACACCAAAGCUGUUCCUGCUUCACUGAGUCUGUCUGUAGAAUAUAGAUAUAUAUGCUAUAAAUGGAGCUCGUUCAGUAACAGCACCUUAUGAUCAUCUGCCGUGCUCACAUGUUGCUUUCACCCACAUGCUCCCUCUUCAAAACACUACCUGAUCUGACUGCACCUGUUUUCAAAGCCUGUCAUUUUUAUGUAUUUUUAAACACGGGGCUUGUUUUGAAAAAAGAGAAACGCAACAAAAUCAUUUGAAUUUAGGUGUCAUGAGUGUGCAAGUCGAAUAGAUCCAGAGGAGGAGCACAAUGCAUCUGUACUGGAGUGACUGAAGUCAGUCUUAUUGACUUCUCUCAGUUGAAAUGGAUGAGUUUCCAUAGGCGAGGCUCAUUCUUUUCAGUGCUGUUGGUAUAAUCAGUGAAUAAGAGCCUCAAGCAAUGUGAGAAAACAGACAUUUUCUUCCCUCUUUCAGAUCAAAUGUAGAAACAUUCACAGGAUAAAACGCAACUUACAGCUGCCUGAUGUAACAUGAUUUCUCUGUUUAUUCUAAAUGUGUGUGUGGGCUUCUUUGAUUUCACUAACUGUUGUAUAUCAAUUUGUCCCACUCGAGUCUAGAAGAUCAGGAUGAAACCAGUGUUUAUUUUCUCUCCAUACCUUUCUAGCUUAGUCUUUUGAAAAGUGGGUUGAAACAGAUAAUGUGUGAUUAAUUAGUUCAACAAAUCUUUUGAAGUUUAACAUUGUUCUUAAAUCACCCUUAAUUGGAAGUGUUUGCUCAGGGUCUUGGCACCCCUUUCCCCUCAUAAAAAAAAACACAAACCCCUCUGCUUAUGCAUGCGAGAAGAUUCUGUGUUGUACAUGAUAAAAUGGUGGGCUGCUGCCUUUUGAGUGAUUGUGAGGAUCUGGCUGAAGGCAGAUGGAUACCACGGGGGUGUCAGUUCUGCUGCAGUACAGAGCUACAGCUCUUAAACAAAAAGCACUCCUGCUCUAUCUCUGCAGCCACCACUGUGUCUGGAUGGAUAUGCCAAUAAUCGUAACCUUGGUAAUAAGGACAAUAAUGCCAUAAUUAUCUGUUAUAGCAGUGUGGCUUUAAUAUACAUACUCUACAAAGGUGACUUUCUGGAGUAUGUUUGUUUUUAACAGCUUUGGGUGAUUCUGGUUUUGUAUUCCUGUAUUAAUGCAGGGAAAAGGAGGGAGAAAAAAAAAUGCUAAUUAUGCUUUGUCCUUUAUUGUAAUGGCCUUGCAUUAUGAAACGCCCUCUUAAUUUGUCUGCUGUCCCUGUGGGCAGUUAAAUCAUUCCCGAGGAGGAGCCUUACGCAUAGGAUGAAUGUAUAAGUCUGUAUCAGCACGGACCUACUGCUCCACGCUCAGUCAGACAUUCUUGGUCCCCUUGUACAGUGCAACGCACAAGACAAGUGAAGCUUAGGGAUGUGAAAUGAAGUGUUGUCUUUAGUGUCUUUACUUCUAGAUGUCAUUCUGGUUUUUAUAAUUCUUUUUAAUUUGCUCUAGUGAGCAUGACAGCAGAUGAGCAUUCCAUUUCUUCUGUUUGCAGGUGUGUGUGCAGACCUUAUAUGCAAUCACAAAGAAUUUAAAUCAUCGCAAACAACCAGUUAAACAAUGUUUUGGUUCUCAAUCUCUUCUUCAGUAGCUUUAAACAGUGUGGAUGAUGAUCAUUAAAAUCAUCACUUUUGUCCAGGUUUUGAUCAUUCUUUAUUUGAUAUAAAACAUUUGCUACAUGUGCAUUUAUGAAUGGUUUGACUUUUAAAAAAAAAAAGGAAAUCCUUUAUGCAUAUAAAUACAAAGUCAUUGUCACUAUCCUGUGAUUCUUUUCAAGCUUUGACAUCGCCUAAUGUCCUAAUUUCUGUGGAUUUUUCUUACACAAGUGAGCAGCACAUGAGACAUUUGUAGGGCUGUACCGAAUAGAUUGAAGCUGCGUUCAUAACGUUGACCAGGCUGUUCUCAUGAACCAUUCGUACAUAUAGCUACGAAAAGUAACACCCUCUAACUCGUAUUCCACAUAUUUAUUGCUGCAUGGACUACAUUGACUGCAGCUGUAUAGGAGCGAUGUGGUCCACAGUAGACGAUGGAUACCCGAGCCCGACGGGUACGGACAGAUAUUUAGAAAUGAUGUUGGGGUUUGGGUCGGCCUCGGUCACAUCAGCGCGAUAAGACAUUGAACGUUUUAAAUUUAAAUCAGCUUAUUAUGUAGGUAGCCAAUGGGCCCGUUUCACUUGAUGCAAAGGUUCGUUUUUGUGAUUAAAAUAAAUUUAAACUAUUACCCUAACAUCUGUCUUCCUGUGUGCAGAAAUUUGUUUAUGUAGCUGUGACAACAAAACGUGCAUAUUAGGCUACGUGUACAUGUCAUUAGUAUGAGUGUCUGUCUCCGGUUGGGCUCAGACGUAAAUAUUUAAAUGCAUGUCAGGCUGGGGUCGGGUUAGGGUUAGUGCUGUGUCGGACGCGGGCUGGGGUCUGGUUCGGUUAGUGCUCUGUCGGACGCGGGCUGGGGUCGGGUUCGGUUAGUGCUCUGUCGGACGCGGGCUGGGGUCGGGUUCGGUUAGUGCUCUGUUGGACGCGUGCUGGGCUCGGACAGAAACUAUUUGUACUACAAAUAGGUUGGGCUCAGACGUAAAUAUUUAAAUGCAUGUCAGGCUGGGGUCGGGUUAGGGUUAGUGCUCUGUCGGACGCGGGCUGGGGUCUGGUUCGGUUAGUGCUGUGUUGGACGCGGGCUGGGGUCGGGUUCGGUUAGUGCUCUGUCGGACGCGGGCUGGGGUCGGGUUCGGUUAGUGCUCUGUCGGACGCGGGCUGGGCUCGGACAGAAACUAUUUGUACUACUGUAGAAGUUUGGGGGGUUGUUUGGCUCGAGGUCAAGGUGCAAAGCAGCCUAGGGUGAAAUUACUCCGAACCAUCACUUUAAACCCGGUAUGUCUGCACAGUCGCAGAUAAAGAUAAAGCUACACUAAUGUGUAUUAUACUAUUUGUAGAAUUAGAUGCUAGUGGUGUCUGCGUAGGAUUGUUUGUGUGAUCCAAACAUUUCCAAUAACUCCAGAGUGUUGUUACUAUCGUAGCAUAAUGUUGCUAUAAGCCUAAGGGUGCAUUAUUUAGUUGGAUUAGCCCGUUGCCUGACGAAACUGGUAUGUUAUAUUUAUUAAAGAAAGUUGAUUUAAUAAAAAGACUAAUCAUUUAAUCCGAUUAAUCACUUUAAGGAUUUUGUUUUUUUAAGGUGAUGUCAUAAAAUAUGACGACAGACAUUCAAAGCUUCAUUCUAAAACCUCAAUAGAACCUUUUAAAUCUAUCUCAAAAAAUUAUAUUCGGUACAGCCCUAUUCACAAUCUUCGUCGUGUGCAGACGCUGGUCUUAUCAGAGCACAGAGGAGCAGCAUAGUUGACUUGCUGUGAGAAUAUUAAGAGCAAUAUCAUAGUUAGUACUGAUAUUUCCAUACCAGGUUGUGAUUUGAACAGGAAGACACAAUCUGACUGGAACAAAAAAGCGUUUUAGGUUGAAGAUGGGUUUACAGUUUUACUAUUUAACGAUCUUUUAGCCACACAGAAACCAUUAUGAAUAUCCAUUUGUUCAGCUGGGCAACAAGACCAGUUUCCUCUGUUUUUCUUUAGUUUUUAGUUGCGUCGAUUUCAGCAUACAACAAACAAAACCAUGUUAUCUAUCCAUUCUCUCAGUUUAGACCUGUCCACUCGGAUGGGUAGCCUUGUAAAAUGUUGUAUAUGAAAACUGUGGGACAUUGUCUGUUACACUGUACAUUGUGUUAAAAUAUGCCUCUUUCAUAUAUUAAAGGAUUUAUGAUAA